UCUAUUUACAACCUAUUACCACCUUGGAAUAAAGUUAUAAUCAAUCAUGCCGUCUCAGUCGAAGUCCAACAAUACCAACUCCAGAAAGUUGAAGAUUCUUAUGCUUCAUGGCUAUACACAAUCUGGCCCCCUAUUUCAAGCCAAGACCCAGCGUGUGAAGAAAUUGCUCGAGAAAUCACUUGCAAGCUCACCUAUCAAGACCGAAUCUCCAAUCUCUGGUGUUGAACUCUUCUACCCAACCGGACCUUUCAAAGUCACCUCGGCGGAUAUGAAUGGGGUAGAAGUCAGGGAAGAGGCCAACGGAUGGUGGAAACUUCGAGAGCGAGGAGAGAUGCAGGAGGGAGUGGAGGAAGGAUUGGCUCGUGUGGCAGAAGUGCUCCGGGAACAUGGACCAAUGGAUGGUGUCAUGGGCUUCAGUCAAGGAGCCGCUCUCGCCGCUAUGGUGACAUCCCUACUCGAAACAGGAAGAUCGGAAAGCUUUGCCAAAGUCACUGAUGGUAUGCCCUUCCCUCAGACCUUUGCCGAACUGCAACACCCACCGCUCAAGUUUGGCGUCUGCUUCUCAGGGUUGUUAAACAAGCAUGCCAAGUAUGCUGCAUUCUACGAGCCAAAGAUUCAGACGCCAGUGUUGCACGUUUUGGGUAGCAUGGACACGAUAGUGGAGGAGAGUGAAUCACUGGCACUGGCAGAUCGGUGUGAAGAUGGCGGUGCUAGCAUGGUCAUCAGACAUGCAGGCACGCAUACUGUACCCACGAGCGAAAGGGACAUUGCAGCAGUCAUCCAGUUCAUCCGUAACGUAUACCCUGGCGGCAACACGACUGCAAAGAAAGAGGAGGAGGAAGACGUAUUAGACAUGGACAUGCCAUUUUAGAAGAAAUGUGCUUGCUUCACCCGAUGGAAAUGAUAGAGACGCUUCGAUAGAGGUCAUCAGAGGUGUAUCCGGAAGACUGAAGAGAGACAUUACAUUUUUCGAUCAGGUCUUUGCAUUUCGUAAAACGUCGUGACUAAGAAAAUAUCCAGAUCUUCCCGAACCGUCUCUCAACCCACCAAAAUCCUCAAAUAGCCAAAACACAAGACAGACAUUAGAAAGACGAAAAAGCUGUAUGCAUCUAAAGGGAAAAGGAACAGAAGAGAAAAUAAGAACGCACGCAUGAACCAGCAGCUUGCAAGCAAGUAUAUCAAAUCCGACCGUCGCCCGUACUUGAUUUCUUUAAUGGACAACAC